CAACAAGAGUGCAUUCCAUGAAAUUAUCCAAGAACAGUCUCAUCAAAGCAAAGACAAUGAAGAAAACAAAGAAAAACCUCUAUGGAUAUCGCCAUAAUUAAUAAAUGAUUGAUUGAUAUACAAAUCACAUAAAAUGUACUUCCUCCAACCCAAAUUAUAAGGUGUUUUGACAUUUGUAGAUUCAUAGCUUUUACCGGGUCUUUAGACAUACUAUUGUCAGGGCCCAAGAGGGUCCUCUACAGUACCGACGUCACUGUAACACUCCCCUCAGGUAGGUUAGAUAAAGAUAAGGCUAAUUUGGGAGUAGCCCUCUAUAUAAGGAGAGGGAUUGUAUCAAUUGAAGGUAAGCAAGAGAUUAGAAGAAAAUCCCUUCUCUCUUGCCGGCCAUGAGGAAAUCCUUGCGGCUGGUAUCCCCGGCGCCCCUAACCCUAGCCGUCGCCCUCUAACCCGCGCAGCCCCCACCUUGUGAACGCACCCACAGUACUGUAGCACCACGACGAUCCCUAACAAUCUGAUAUCGGAUAUGUCAGGCCCUCCAUCCACCACCAUCCAGCCCUCAGCCUCCUCCGCCGCGCUGCCAAUCUCCACACCGUCGGUGCCCAGACCCGCCACAUCCUCAUCCACAACACCUCCACCUCCCCUCACGCUCGAGUCCUUGGCAGCAGUCGUCCAUGAGCUCACGCGAUCCGUGGCAACCAUACAGACAACAUUGGUAGCCACCCUUCUUCCUCCGCAGCAGCAUCCACUGCCGCCGACAUAUUAUGCCAUGUCAUGUACCAGCGCCCCGGCGGCAUCAUGCCUGCCCAUUAAUCUAUUGCCCAUGCCACCUUCGCCUUCCCCUAUUCCAUCAUACACCAUGGCUAUGGGGGGACCCCAGUACACCAUGUCUUUGCCGCAAACACAGAUUGCGACAUCAUGCGCAGUCAUCCCUCAGGGAGACUUGCCCCAUUACCUCAUCUCCAUGCCGCCAUCGCCAUCGCCAAUUCCAUCGUACGCCCUCUCAUCAACGACCGCACCGAAAUGCAUGAUGGCAACGUCUCCUUCACCGACCCCGUCGCUCACCGCCUCCAUGCUUGUGUCGCCACAACAGCACUGCGAUGACGUCUUCUACGAGGGCGUGGAUGGCAUCCGGGCAUCGACGACACAGCUACAGGUGGCGGCACGCUGCCUCCUAGCGCGUCGGCAAGGACAGUGCCCCAUCUUCAAGCGACAAUGCCUAGCCAUCCCAACAACCUUGCAGCAACUCGUGGAGAGGAAGGCGAUUGCGCGUGCGAGUGCCUGCAAGGUGUCUGCGGCGCGUGGCCUCCUAGUGCGUCGCGGCUACAGGAGGUGCGCUAGCAGACGCUCAGGGCAGCCUUGGUGGCGGUUGACCUCGGCACACGGGGGCACGACCUCGCCCAGUCGAACAACCAUCAGCAACCGCGUCGACCAGCUAUCUACAAGUGCGAGCAUGGUGCGUGUCCCGCGGGCAAUGAACUCCAAUUCUAUGGCAGCGGCGGUAGGGAAGGCGCUCCCCUCCUUGUCAUCGGCGAGGGCGUACUACUUAGCGCCACCACUUUUCGCUACCAGCCGCCACGAGGGUACCUCCGUUGGUCAUUGUUGCGACACAUUUCAAGGGGCCAUCCAUGUGCUCCCCUUUCGUCCAGAUGGCGUCCAUGGGAUCCAGGUAGUUGCACAUGUGCAGGUCCAGGGCGCGGAAGGUGUCCGUCUCAUCUCAAGGGGUCAAAAAGAGUCGCGAUCGGAAUAAUAAAAUAAGUCGAGAUAUAAAAGGCUUAUUUUUAGGUGUUAGGUUUGUAUCUAGCAGAGUCAUCGUUAGCACCAUCGUUAGGUUGCAACUCAAGGACGACCUGCUUGUCCAGGAGGGGUGUAGUGUCAGGGCCCAACAGGUCCUGCUACAGUGCCAACGUCAUUGUAGUACACCCCACAGGUAGGUUAGAUAAAGAUAAGGCUAGUUUGGGAUAAGAAUAGAAUUAGAGAUAAGAUUAGAUCUAGUGUUUAGAGGUCAAGUAACCCUCUCUACAUAAGGAGAAGGAUUGUAUCAAUUGAAGGUAAUCAAGAGAUUAGGAUGAAAUCCCUUCUCUCUUGCCAGCCAUGGGCAAAGCCCUGUGGUUGGCCUCCCCAACGCCCCAUCCUUACUUGUUGCACCACGUCCAUGGCAGGAUCUGCAAUCCUAUCAACCCACCAGAUCCUGAUCCCUAGCAACUAUAUGUCCAGGUGCAUAGAAAAACCUAUGAAUCUAGAAAAGUCAAAACAUCUUACAAUUUGGAACGGAUGGAGUAGUUUGAGAAUAGUAUAACAAAUGCAGACUUCAUAUUAACAUGGAUGAAGAUUAAAUACACUGUAAAAACAUAACAACCACACAUCAAGAUCAGGUGAGUUACAAAAUUAUGAUGUGAUUCACUCUUAAUAGAAGCUGCUAUGUAUUCAAUUCUACAACAGAGUAGGCAACACAGAGAUUUGGUUGCUCUACAAUUUGAUGACAUCCUCCCCUUUGGAGGACAUACCGAAAAGCUAAAGCCAUCGAGCACAUUUACCCUAACAGAUGACUGCCUAUGCAAAAUGCUAAUCUAAGUCCACCAGUAAAAAACAUAAUCACUACAGAUUGUAAUUUGUAAACACAUAAACUAGCUCAAAAAAUAAAACUACUGAUAUCUCAAACAACAAUACAUGAGGGGAAAAAAGACCUCAUGUAGAAAAAUAUAUGAAACAUGAUAUUCCAUGAACAUAUGGGUUAACAACUGCUCCCCAUCUGAUUGCCACAUAAGCCAAGGCACAAUCAUUCAUUUAAAAUGUCCCACCAAGAUUGAUCUCAAGGCCACAGGACACAAUCACCACCACAAACAUCAACAUUAAUCACAUCACUUCUACCUCCGAUCAAAUACCAUU